AAAGUGACGGCAGCCUUAUUUUUCCUCAUACGAAAAAUGACCCCAACCCUAGGAAGGAAAGACUUAUGUCUGCAGGGAAUUUGUUCGAGUUUUCCUUUCAGUUCUCGUCUGUGCUACAGUGAACAGUGAGCAGAUUUUGAGUGGGCCCUACCUGUGGACUCACCAACAGGAUGGAGGAGCAGCAAGGGCCACCUGGUCCAGGCCCCAGCUGUGUGAGCGCACGCAGUGACCACUCCAUGGCAAACCCAAUCUCAUUUCAAAAACAGCCCACAUCCUCAGAUCCAGGUGAUGUCUCCAAAGAUUUAAACCUGGAUCUGGACUCAGUGAAUGAAAGGAUCCAACAGGGGGCACUCCCUUCCGCAUGCAGCUCUGUCUCUCUGAACCGUGAUGGGUCAAUGGAGCAUCCAAAUGAAUUCAAAUCUAACACACAGUCACUUGAGGGCAGAUCUGACAUGGGUUUAAAUCAGACUGCAAGUGGUCUAGAGUGUAGUUCAUCAGAUGUUUACGGUGACCAGGACAGAUCAGAAUUCAAGUAUCACAAGUCACAGAGUCACAUCAUGAAGGAGCUCAAAGUGGCAAUUGAAGCAUUUUUGGAGAGUGAACUGAAUCGUUUGGACAAGAUUCUGAGCGAAGAGAUUGUUGUUGACCCAGAGGAGAGCACAGGUGAAGAUGAGGAUAUGAAGAGCAGCAGAGAGGCAGUGCUCCACCUAUCCACACACUUCCUCAGAAAAAUGAACCAGGAGCCCUUGGCUCAGUGUCUGCUCAUUCGGAGUAAAGCUGUGAAAAGUAUGUUAAAACUGAAAUCCAGACUGAAGAGGAGAUUCAACCAUGUUUUUGAGGGGGUCAAUAGAGCCGGACACCAAACCGACCUCAGUCAGAUCUACACAGACCUAUGGAUGACGGAGGGCGACAAUGAGUGCGUCAACAUUGAACAUGAGGUUUGCCAGAUACAAACUGAUGCUCGCAAACACCGGGAUAAGCCUGUAAAAUGUCAGGAAAUGUUUGGCAAUUCCCUCUGUGGAGGCCAGUUGGCGAGGACAAUGCUGAUGAAGGGAGUGGCAGGUAUAGGUAAAACCCUGUGUGUCCAGAAGGUGGUUCUAGAUUGGGCUGAAGACAAAGCUCACCACAACAUCCGCUUUAUGCUCCCAUUCAGCUUCAGAGAGCUCAAUGUGCUCAGAGACAAAAGCUUCAGCCUUGUGGGAUUUCUUCAGCACUUCUUUGUAGAGCUUGAAGAAGCUGGAAUCUGCAGCUUUGAUGAUGUUAGAGUUGUAUUAAUAUUUGAUGGUUUAGACGAGUCCAGACUUAAUCUGGACUUCCACAACUGUCCAAGCCUGACAGACACUACAAAGUCUGCUCCCCUGGAGGUCCUAUUGGUGAACCUCAUCAGGGGGAAGCUUCUCCCCUUCACUCGGCUCUGGAUAACCACACGUCCUGCAGCAGCCAAUCAGAUCCCGGCUGAGUGUGUCACCGUGGUGACCGAGGUGCGAGGGUUCACUGACCCACAGAAAGAGCAGUACUUCCAGAAGAGAUUUGAAGAUAAACAGGCCACAGUCAUCAUUAACCACAUGAAGACAAACCGCAGCCUCCACAACAUGUGCUACAUCCCAAUCUUCUGCUGGAUCCUCUCCACUGUCCUGAAACAUGUGAUGGAGACAGGGACUGUGAGCCGACUACCCCACACCCUCACUCAGAUAUACAUCCACCUCCUGGUGGUUCACACCAGAGUCAAGAGUCGUAAGUAUGAUGGACGCUCGGAGAUGGACCCUCCCUGGACUCCAGAGACCAAGAAGAUGGUGAAGUGUCUGGGAAAACUGGCCUUUGAACAGCUACAGAGGGGAAAUCUCAUCUUCUAUGAAUCUGACCUAAGACAGUGUGGACUGAACACUGCAGAGGCCUCAGUGUACUCUGGAGUGGUCACUCAGGUAUUCAGAGAGGAGCAAGGCCUGCACUGGGACAAGGUCUACUGCUUCAUACAUCUGAGCGUUCAGGAGUUUUUGGCUGCUCUUUAUGUCCAUCUGACCUUCUUCAAUUCUGGAGUCAGCCUUCUGUCUGAAGCCCCUUCCACAAAGCCCAAGCUAAAGCCAGUGAAUGACAGAGGCGCUGAGAAGGCCUUUUAUCGCAGUGCUGUGGACACAGCUCUGCAGAGUCGUAAUGGACACUUUGACCUGUUUCUGCGUUUUCUCUUGGGUUUGUCAUUGCAGAAUAACCAGAAUCUCCUCCAGGGGCUCACAAAGCACAUCCAGCCCAGCUCCCAUAGCAGCAAGGAAGCAGCAGAAUACAUAAAGAACAAGAUCAGUGAAGGUCUUCCACUAAACAUGACCAUAAACCUGUUUCAGUGCCUGAAUGAGCUGGGGGAUGCAAGCCUGUUGGAGGAGGUGCAGAGGUUUCUAAGCUCUGGACACUUAUCAGGCGAAAGAAUGUCUCCUGUUCAUUGGUCUGCACUGGUCUUCACUCUACUUUUGGACAAGUGUGAAGUAUUUGAGCUGAGAAAGUUUGGUUGCUCAGAAGAAGCUUUUUUCAGGCUUCUACCAGUGAUCAAAAUGUCCAUGAAAUCAAGCUUGACUGGCUUCACUUUAUCAAACCCCUGCUGUAAGGCUUUGGCCAACAUGCUCAGGAGUGAGUCCUGUUUGAUAAAAAAUCUGGAUCUGAGCUACACAGAGCUGCAGGAUUCUGGGUUGUCCACAUUGGCUAACGGGCUGAUGAAUCCACCCAGUAAUCUUCAGGUCCUCAGGCUUAGAGGUUGCAAACUCACUCAGGACAGCUGCAGAGUGCUGUGUAGUGUGCUCUCUUCUCCUCUGACACAGCUGGAUGUGAGUGACAACUGCCUGCAGGACCAGGGAGUCAAGAUGCUCUUAGAGGCCCUACGGAGCUCUCUCUGCAACCUCACCACCCUUAGAAUGAGUGGCUGUGACUUGACAAGCAGAAGUUGUGAGGACCUCAGCGCGGUCCUGCAGUGUCACAGGUCCGCCUUGCGGGACCUAGAUCUGAGUAAUAACCAGCUCCAGGACUUGGGGAUAGAGUUUCUCUGCUGUGGACUUGUGAGCCCUCACUGCACUCUGGAGAUACUCAGACUUGUGGGCUGUUUGGUCACAGACAAAGGCGUCAGUCUCCUGAGAAGUGUACUGCACAGCUGUCGGCUUAGAGAGCUGGAUCUGAGAUACAACCAUCCUGGAGACUUAGACAAGCUGUCAGCAGCUCAAAAGCAGCCUGCCUGCAGCCUCACCAUGCUCAAGACAGGGCAUGGUGGAGUGUGUCGGCUGAGUCCGGGACCAAAAAAAUACACCUGUAAACUCACAUUGGACCUGAACACAGCACACAGAGGGCUCCUGUGGUUUGAGAACAACUGUGUUGUAGAUGGUAAUGUAGAAGAGACUCCAGACCAGAAGGAGGAAGACAACUUUGAAUUCUGGCACCAGGUUAUGUGCAGUGAGGGCCUGAGAGAGCACUGUUACUGGGAGGUGAAAUGGAGAGGCCUGGUGUCUAUAGCAGUGACUUAUAGAGGGAUCCAGAGAAAAGGAAAAAAUAAGGACAGUAUGCUUGGCGGCAACUGCCUCUCCUGGGCUCUGGACUGCUCCGCCGGGUAUUACGUAGCCUGGCAUAAUAAUAAAGGCAAGAUUAUCCCAAGAAGAGUCGGAAGGAGAUGCUACCGUGAAGAUGCUGAGUGCACAGUGGCAGUGUACUUGGACUGGGAGGAGGGCGUCUUGUCCUUCUUUGAGGUUCUGCCUAGUGGCCUCAAGCUGAUCCACAAUUUCCACUGUGCGUUUAGUGAACCGCUGUUCCCUGCCUUCAGACUCCGCUCUGAAUACACAGAAGACAUCUGCAACUCAGUGACUGUGUGCUCAGCGCACACCUGAGGCAGGAUAUGAAGUAAAACGAAAGCAUCUGUGGAACAAUAUGAUUGAUUGUACAUGUAUUGAUAUUCUGACACUAUAGUAA